UCUUUCAUCUUUUGGCAGACCCUCUGCGAUCGCAGGCCUGAUUGGUUCGACGCACUUGCCGCUGAGCCAAAAAUAUCAAGAGCGUUGCGAAAUGCAUUACGCUGCUGGUGCGCAUUUUCGCUUCUUCACGGCUCGAUCGCGUCCUUUUAUCUUGUCGUGCGUUAUGUGGUGCCGCAAAUGCGUCCUGCUGGAGGUGGCCAGGAAUCGGGGUCGCUGUGGCAUUUGCGACCGGCAGAAUGUCAGUGAACCGGAAAGUUUUGUCGAAGACUUUUCUGAAAUGCAAGUACAGCUACAGAGAAAGAAGAGACUGAGGGCCGAAUUGCAAGAGAGUUGUGAGGCCAUACUAAAGAAGAAAGAGAGAGCAGAAAAGCUUAGGAAAGAUGUGGAUGCCUGCAAAGAGAGAAUUACGCUCUUGAAAUCUAUAUCGUCCCAAUGCAAGAACGACUUCAUUUCCGAUCGGGCCAUGGCUCGAGAUUUGACCCGUGAGAAUAAGCUGCGCUCUGACCGACUUCCAGUUUAUGAAAGCAAAGUAAAUAGGCUAGAAGAGUUGGUUCAGGGCUCAAACUCCAAACUGGAAUCCUCCCGUCGCGAACUACAAGCAUUGCAACAAUUGAUUAAGUCAGUCGUGCAGAGGCGGGCGGAGCAACUGUUGAAAUUCAUUUUUCCAAUCACAGAAUUUAUUCCUCAAUGCAAAAGUGAGCACUCUGAUGGCAUGGAGAAAAUUCCGUUCGAAAUCGCAGAGGCGUCCCAAAUGACAUUUGUUAGAGGCCAAUGGGUCGGCAGUGAUAGCUCUGGGGAGGUGCACCACUGCAUUGUUGCACCCAUCCUUCCAACAUCUGGCGAUUACUCGGCCUACAACAUGUGGAUUGCAACCAACAAGGAUGGAGUUCACGGAGCUGGUGUGUCAACAGAUAAAAUUGAGCUGAAUUCUGCGUAUUCCAUCACCGCAGCCUUGACCUACACGGCUCAACUUGUGAAUGUCCUCGCUUUCUAUUUGGACGUUAGACUUCCCAAGAAGCAGCAUUACAGUGACUUUUGCAAAGCAGAGAUGACAGAUCAGCAGUUUGCUCGCAGAGUUGCGCGACUGAACGCAAACGUCCUCCAUCUGUGCUUCAGCCAAAACAUUCCUCCGUCAGUACUCCACCCUACCCGAACACUGCACAACGUGCUUCAGCUUUUCAACAAAGACGUCAGUGAUCUGGGAAGACAAGGUCAUGUGGAGGUUGACACAGAUCUAAUAAGUUCGCUGGAGGAUCAACUGAUUCGCGAUCUCGAGGCAUUUGAAGGAGACGACGAUGAGACGUGCUCUGAUGGGGAUGAUGGAGACUGCCUUCCCGGUGGAUGGGAAUCGGUUCCAUCACUGCCGUACCAAGAGACUGGCGCAGGCGCACUCACCGACAGCCGCGCUUUGGUAUCUGCCCACGGGAGCGUGGUCAAUACCAGUGUAGCAGGCGGACUGGUUACGAGUGCAGCCGCAACCCUAGCGUCAUUUUGGCGAGGAUGGACAGCAGGUGGCAAUAGGUGAUAUUUUUGUCAAGAAAAAUCCUUUAUUUUAUUUUGCUUUUUGAUCCAUAAUGGCUUUUAUACAAUGAUGCAAUAUAUAUAAUAAAAUAGCAUUUAUAGAAACAAA